GGCGUAGGGACCCUCUGACAGAGGGCCAUCCAUAGGGCAGGGAAGGACUCCAAGGUUCAUCAUCGUCUUCUCUAGACGUCAGCCCAAGGUCUCCUCUCCCAAAUGCCCUCUUGACGGAUGGACUGAAGCGCCGUCCGCCCAUUAGCAGCAUCCUACCCAAGUGCCGAUCUUGAACUCGUAGCUGACCCAUCCUCCUCCCCCUCCUUCACACAUGUCUUCCAGUCACAAUGAAGAUCGAACUCUGUGCAUUCUCUGGCGCCAAGAUCUACCCCGGAAGGGGAAGGCUGUAUGUUCGUUCGGACAACAGGGCUUUCCGAUUCGUCUCUUCCAAGAGCGAGUCCCUCUUCCUCCAGCGCAAGAACCCCCGUAAGAUCGCCUGGACUGUCCUCUCUCGUCGCAUGCACAAGAAGGGUAUCACCGAGGAGACUGCCAAGAAGCGCUCGCGCAGGACCGUCAAGCACCAGCGUGCCGUUGUAGGUGCUUCUCUCGACACCAUUGCUGCCCGCAGGAACCAGAAGCCCGAGGUGCGAGCUGCUGCCCAGGCUCAGGCUCUCGCCAAGAGCAAGGACGAGAAGAAGGCCAGGCAGGAAACCCGCAAGGCCAACAAGGCCAAGGGUGUCGCUGCUGGUGGAUCCGGCCCCAAGGUCUCGAAGCAGCAGGCCAAGGGUGCUUCCUCCAAGCCCCGCAUCUAAGGUGGUGGUGAUCAGCUGGUAGUUUGGGCAGAUUAGAUGUAGUAGCAGGCUGUUGCGAUCGGGUGGAGGACUUCUUUCCCUCCCUCGUCGCACAAUCAUCACUUCUCCAACGCUGCUAGGAAUACCACGAUUGCGCUACAACCCCUGAUCUUUUGACGGACCCCUCGGCUGGCUCGGCUCUACAUCACGAGGUACACUCUCCGUCUCUCUCUUGUGCCUCUCUUCACUUUCCGACCUUGUAAAAUCACAUUACAAUUGCACAACCCACGCCGAUGCUACAGUGUGAGGAGCUUCAGA